AUGCAGCGGCGCGGGUUCAAAGGCCGAGAGCUGCUGGGGGACGCUUGCCAAGUCGAGCCCAUACAUAUGCUUAUGCCGGUAAAUAUACCAUUUCCAUCCCAUCCACAAAACCUCGCAACACUUGGACGGGAGGGUGCUCUUGCAGCACUGCAGCAGCAAGAAAUUAUCCUUGAUGUGUCACGAUCCAUGGGGCAAACACAACGAACGGCAUCUCCAACGCCGUCCCCACUACCACCGAACUCGAACAUCAACAAAGACAAGGGGUUGUUGAAUUUCUCUUUUUCAACACUCGUUCUCGGGAACUUCUUCGAGGUACAUGCGCGCUCGACGACCAAAGCUAUAUGGAGCUGUGAAAAGCCGAGGGCAGAAAAAAGGAAAGCAGCUGAUACUUCGUUUCGGAUUUUCGAUAUGCGGCUAUCAACAUCGUCAGCGGCCUCUCUUGGUCUGCUAUGGAUCACAUUUGCUCUGUCAUUUGUUGGCGCCGUAGCAACAGCUGGGGAAGAGUAUUACUUCGCUGGAGAACGCGUUCAUUUGAUUGCGAGGCAACAGCUACCCGAUCUGAGCAAUAUAUCAACAUGUGGUUUGAACUGCCUCGUACAGGGUAUCGCAGGGGUCGGAUGCGACCUCACGAACACAACUUGCUCCUGUGCGAGCACCGGUCUGGGUCAGCUCGUCGGCCCUUGCUUGAUUGCAAACUGCACCAUGCAAGACUCCCUGGGUGAGUACUUCCAGAGUCGUGAGGACGGUGCAGAAAAGAUGGGAAGACUGACGAGGCAACAAGAUGUCGCGAAACUGCAACAAACGCAGUGCAGUCUCCCUCACGAAUCCGACACUGGGAAAAUUCUUGCCAUUCUAAUCACCGUCUAUGUCACGGCUGUCGUUGCGAUUGUCUUGCGGCUUCUUGCCAAAAACAUGGCAAAGACGUGGAGUCUAGACGAUGCGUUGAUUAUUGCGGCGAUUGUCAUUGCGAUUGCCCCAGUAUCUGCAAUUUUGUUGAUGUCAAGCUUAGGAUUUGGGAAGCACCUUUACGAUCUUAAACCGGGUGGCUUACUGCAGAUCCUGCGACUACUAUACGCCGCCGAGAUUGUUUACGUCUUUGUGCUCUUAUUCGCGAAGCUGUCCCUCGUCGUCUUCUAUCUACGAAUCUUCACCGUACCGAAGUUCCGCAUCGCUGCAUACACCCUGAUCGGAUUCCUUAUCGUCGGCCAGGUGGUCAUCGGCUUUCUCACUAUCUUCUCGUGUCACCCGAUCGAGUUAUUCUGGAACAAGGACAUCCACACAGGCGCCUGCCUCGAUGUCAACCAACUUGCCUACGCGAACUCUGCCUUGGCCAUCAUCCAGGACCUUCUUAUUCUCGCCCUCCCGAUAGCGAUGCUUCCAGGCCUUCAAAUGAACCGGAACAAGAAGGUUUCGGUUGCCAUGGUAUUUCUUCUCGGAUCUGUCGGCUUCGUCUCGACCAUUAUCCGUCUUCAGGUUCUCGCAGUGUUUGGAAACUCCAUCGACCCGACGUGGGACUACGCGCCCGUUGUGUGGUGGACGACAAUCGAACUAGGUGUCGUCGUGGUGUGCGCCUGUGCGCCCAUGAUCCGCAACUUGGUCGAGAAGAUGUUCCCCGGCUUUGCGCUCUUCGCGAGGUGGACCACCCCGAAGCCAUCCAAGGGCAGCAGCCCAUCCUCGAACGGCAGCGUGGACAAGCCGACAAAGGCUGCUGGGCGAUAUCAGAAGUUCGGGCGGAGUAACAGCCCGCCUCAAUUUAGCGACAAUUACGUUCGCGAUUACAUCACGAGUCCCAAAGGCCCUCCAGUACCCCCAAAGGACGAUCUGCCGCCAUCUCGUAGGUACCGGGACAUGUACGCCUACGGUGGAUCCAAGCCCAAGGUGCUUGAGCCCUCGUCGCCGUCCCCUCAGCCGUAUGACCUCUCGUGGAGGUCCAUGAACCCUUAUGGGAUUCCUAAGGAUGACCUGGAAUCAUGUAUUGGAAAGACGAACUAUAAUCUUGAUAUUGAGAUGCUGGAAAGGAAAGGGAGAGAUGUGGUAGUGGCACAAAAGGAGCUUUGCUCUCUCUGCGGGAGGGAAAGCUGCAGUCACAUAAUCAUGCCUCGUUCACUCUCAUUGUUCCACCCGAUGAUGCUUCCGGAAGGACCCAUAUUUCAGCCGGGCGUGGUCCCGGAGCGGCCCGGAACGAGCCCCUGGCUUUCCGCCUCAAUUCCUAUCUACUUGCAGAAGACCUCACUACCCCGCCUUACUACAAACAACGCGUGGGAAAGUCUACAUCCAUUGACCGAGUUUCGCCACCUCCCGCAGCUGCUUUGCACCUCCAACUCACUAUUCCGAAUCUGGAGCUUUCCGAAGGUUCAACUGUCCCAAUCUGGAUACAAGCCCGCGUCGCAGCUUCGCCUCAUAGCUCUUUUGCGCGACACGAUGCGCGCAUCCUCACUCUCGUUGAGCCUGUUCAAGGCACCGCUCGGUCUUGUAGCCCUGUUACUGGUCGCCUCGGUCGUGGGACAUGGCGAUGGUGAUCUUCAACGUUACAUGGCCCUGGAAACCUGCCCGCCGCUGAAGAUUGUCAAUGGGAUCAACUUCACCACGCGGGCGUACUGGAUGCGCCAGGCCAACCUGGCCCUGCCCAACCCAUGCCCGUUCGCUGCCUUUGGCUCAGUGAUUGUGAAUCACACUACGGGCGGCUUGGGGGAACUGGUCUGCACCGGCGCGAACAACAAUGCUGGCACAGGCAACCCGACUCUGCAUGGGGAGAUGGCCGCCAUCGACAACUGCUCGGCAAUCUUUGUAGAUCCCCAGGGUCCAUACCGGAUGACGCCGGCUCAGGCCCUGGCCGCCUUUGCCAACCUGACCAUCUACACCAACGCCGAGAGCUGCCCCAUGUGCGCGUCGGCGGUGCGCUGGGCAGGCUUCAGGGAAUAUGUUUUUGGCACGAGCAUUGAGACCCUCACGGAGGAGGGAUGGGGCCAGAUCCAAAUCACGUCCAGGGACGUCUUCCGGCAGUCCUCGGGCUUACCCUACGGCAGACUGCAAGAGGCACUCCGCCAAAACCGUUCUUUUUAA